AGUGGUCCCGCAGACAAAUCUCCAUACGAGACCACAGGGCACUCUGGUCUCUGUGUGUCUGUCCCCUGGAGCCGAAGAGGGUGGUAGGGCUUUCUACAAAUCCUCUUAGAUUGCCAGUUCCUCUUGUCUUUUUUUCAUUUUUUUUUUCUGUCUUUCCGCUCACUCUGUUUUACUCUGACUCUGCCUCUCGGCCGUCUGGGUCCUCCUCAACAUUUCUGCUUGAAUCAGGGUCCGAGUCUAACUUGUCAAGGAAGGUCUGCGUAAAUAUGGUCAGUUCACAGCACUGGAAUUAAAUUGUCUGAACUGACAUCUGGAGGAGCUUUUACUUUGUAAUUGUCAAAGAUUCCUCAGCCUCACCAACCUUCUUUCUUCUUCUUCUUGUUCUACAAUUACCUGCAAGUCCCUGUUGCCGUGAUGUCUUCAGUUGUCGCCCCAGAAAAACCUGCCUCCAACACUAUGGGUCCCAAAGAGGUGGAGCUGAUCCUCGUGAAGGAGCAGAACGGGGUCCAGUUCACCUCGACCACCUUAGUGGCCCCGGCUCCAGCCCAGACUCACCCCGGUGGGGAGGAGGAGAGGGAGACCUGGGGAAAGAAAAUCGAUUUCCUCCUGUCUGUGAUCGGAUUUGCCGUGGACCUGGCGAAUGUCUGGAGAUUCCCUUACCUCUGCUACAAGAAUGGAGGAGGUGCGUUCCUUGUGCCGUACCUCUUCUUCAUGGUGAUAGCAGGCAUGCCCCUCUUCUACAUGGAGCUGGCCCUGGGACAGUACAACAGAGAGGGGGCAGCAGGGGUCUGGAAGAUAUGUCCCAUAUUUAAAGGUGUAGGCUUUACAGUGAUCCUCAUUUCCCUCUACGUUGGCUUCUACUACAAUGUCAUUAUCUCCUGGGCACUGUUCUACCUCUUCUCCUCGUUCACCUCCGAGCUACCUUGGGUCCACUGCAACAACACCUGGAACAGCCCGAACUGCUCGGACUGGGCUGACAACAGCUCAGUCAGUGACAUUUACAAAGCCACCCCUGCUCAGGAGUAUUUCGAAAGAGGGGUACUCCAUAUUCAGGACAGUAACGGUAUUGAUGAUCUGGGUCGUCCACGCUGGCAGCUGACUUCCUGUCUAGCUGUGGUGAUUGUUCUGCUCUACUUCAGUCUCUGGAAGGGUGUCAAGACCUCUGGCAAGGUCGUGUGGAUCACAGCCACCAUGCCCUAUGUGGUCCUAACCGUGCUCCUGCUCCGUGGAGUCACUCUGCCCGGAGCCAUCGAUGGCAUUAAGGCAUACCUCUCCGUGGACUUCCUGAGACUCUGCGACGCCAAGGUCUGGAUCGAGGCAGCAACGCAGAUCUGCUUUUCGCUUGGAGUGGGGUUUGGUGUGCUGAUCGCCUUUUCCAGUUACAACAAAUUCAGCAACAACUGCUACAGGGAUGCCAUUAUUACCAGCUCUAUCAACUCUUUGACCAGUUUCUUCUCCGGCUUCGUCGUCUUCUCCUUUCUUGGCUAUAUGUCCCACAAGCACAACGUGGCUCUUGACAAAGUUGCCAGAGAUGGUGCUGGGUUGGUGUUUGUCAUUUACCCAGAAGCCAUCGCAACAUUGCCCGGGUCAUCCGUGUGGGCAGUUAUCUUCUUCAUCAUGCUGUUGACGUUGGGCAUUGACAGUGCCAUGGGUGGGAUGGAGUCGGUGAUCACAGGCCUAAUUGAUGAAUUCAAAUUCCUCCACAAGCACAGAGAGCUGUUCACCCUCUUCAUUGUUGUUGCCACCUUCCUCAUAUCCCUCUUCUGUGUUACAAAUGGAGGGAUGUAUGUGUUUACUCUGCUGGACCACUUUGCGGCGGGAACAUCGAUUCUCUUUGGAGUGCUUAUUGAAGCCAUCGGCAUCGCUUGGUUCUAUGGAGUCGACCGCUUCAGUGAUGACAUUGAGGAGAUGAUUGGCCAGCGGCCAGGCAGGUACUGGAGGCUGUGCUGGAAGUUUGUCAGCCCCUGCUUCCUCCUGUUCAUGGUCGUGGUGAGCUUUGCCACGUUCAACCCUCCAAACUACGGCUCCUACACGUUUCCUCCAUGGGCUAACAUGGUAGGGUGGUGUCUGGCUAUUUCCUCAAUGACCAUGGUGCCUCUCUACGCCAUCUACAAACUCUGCACACUGCCCGGAAAGUUUUGCGAUAGACUGGCUUAUGCCAUCACCCCAGAGACAGAGCAUCAUCUGGUCGACAAUGGCGAGGUUCGGCAGUUCACUCUGCAUCACUGGUUGGUGGUCUGAGAGCAGCAGACAUAGAGAGAGAGAGAGACAUAGAAAGAGUGAAAGAGAGAGAAUGACUUAAUGGGCACGAGGUGGAUAAGUGCAUGCACAGCAAAGGUCUUAAGAACUAAGGAGAAGUGAGCCAUUUGAAUUAAUAACUCAUCAUGGUGGUGGCGGGAAAGUGCCGACGAGAAAAGAAAAAAAAAACAUACAAGUUGUAGUGUUCUUUCAUUUUAACAGUGGAUGUGUGAAGCUGUGCACUGGCCCUCUCCACCUUUUCAUUAACACUGCUGGAUGGGAUUCAGUCAAACUCUUCAUGUGGUGUUAAGGGAUAAAAAGUCCCUGAAAGUGCUCCAUGCUUGUUUAGUGGAGGAAAUGUUCUUUCCUUGAAUUAUCCAUAUGUAACAACGAGAAGUGAAAGCCUCAGGAGAAAGUAUUCCCAAUGGUUCAGUAUACACUGAGUAAAGUGGACAUAAGAAGAAACGAUACAAUUACAUUUUGUUUAAGGAAAAUCAAGCGGAGAUGUUGAGACACAUCAUUUAUUAUUUCACCUUUAUUUCAUUUUUGUAUUGGUAUUCGUUUUAUUUAUCUAGAUCAAAAUGUUCAAAGUACAAAGGAGUCAGAAGUGAAAUGAAUACCAUAGGUUUUACUGAAUCCCAGCCCUUAUUCAUGUUAAUGUAACUAUUUAUUUACCUCCUUUUUCUUCUUAAAGACUGUUAUGAUGUUAUAGCACUGUCAGCGGUUUACAUCAAAAUAAUUGCCAGGAGUUCUUUUCCAUAGUUGCUCGUGCCAUUUGAUUAACCUAAAACAAUGUCUGAGUAAACAUGAGAUUUCUCAUUGCGCUGCUGCUUUGUGAGCAUAAAAGAAUAGAAAUCAAUGGAACUUGAUUCCAAUGGAACAAUGGAAAAAAAAUGUCAUUUAUAACAGCCGCCCCAGAGUCAUAUCGCUUCAAUAAAUAAACAAACACACAUUCUAAACUUUCCAAUAACGAUCACUGACGGAAAACAGAAUCUGCCACUUUGCUGAUUUAAUCAACCAAAGAACACAGAUGAGCUCAGAUAUACAACGUCCUCAAAAUGAGAAUAUUUUGCCAAGGGGAUCUUUCUUUUGUUUUUUGUUUUCAUCAGUAGACCGCUUGAUUGUUAACUUGCUCAGUUAGAUCAGUAUUUCUCCUUCCCAUCUUCUGUGUCACCCACAAAGUUUCAGGUUGUGAUUCUGGAAGCUACGACAGUCACGUUUCCAUAAAGAAAGCAUAAAGCUUUAAUUUUACCGUUUACACAGACUUAUUCAGACUGUUUAAAAAGCUGCUUUUUUAUCAAAUCUGCAAAUGAAUAGAGUGUAAUGUAACGAUUUAAAUUAAUAUAUACAUGUGUAAGUAAAUGUAAUGUAGAGGGCCUUGUAUUGUAUUGUACUGUAUGAUAUUGAAUAAGACCAACAAGUACACAUAUCUAUAUAUAUAUAUAUAUCUAUAUUAGCCUUAAGGAUAUUGGUGAGAAUUACAUAGAAAUUCCUUUUCGUUUGCCUCAUAAAUUCUUUCAGUUCAAUCAGAAACCAUGAAAUCCAAAUACGUCAGCAAUGACUUCUUUUAACCCCUUAUGGUCCACGUAACAUGCUAAAGGGUUAACUAUGUCCCAAAUUGUAUGCCUGUGCUGCUGUACUGUGCCUUGUGGUGUUUCUGACUGUAUGAUUUUGUUUUGUACUGUCAAAUAAAGUAUAAUUAAUAAAA